CCGUUAAUCAUUGCCCUCACGAGCAUGAAUGAUCUCUCUGUGGCAGGAAUGGUGAUGGCGUCACUCUAUUACACGCGCCUCUUAACCCUGCUCUCUUUCUUCAUCUUCCUCUUCCUCUUCCCCUUCUCUAACCCUUUAUUCUCUCCUUCAUCCGUCCUCACCAACUCCCAAUUCGAAGGCUUCGACGAUGACGCCGACAGAAUCGACGAUGCUGGCGACGACGACUCCUCACUCCUUUCCCCACGCGCACUCGUCCUUCCCUCACCGUCACCUCCCAACCCGACCCAACUCCAUCCAUUGAUCCCUCCCUGCCCAACCCGAAUCCUAACUCGAUUCCCGAUUCGGACUCUCCAUCUACCGAGUUCAAAGACUUACCCUUCCAAAUCCAGUAGAAAUCGCCCCUCGAUACCCCUGCAAUUAUUGAAAAUGCCACUCCCUCUGAUUCCGAUCCUAAACCCUCUGCCGACCCCAAACCCCCUCAGUGCCGAGAUCGCAUGUGGAGACGGCCGUGAUUUUCAAGAAGAACUUCAGUCUUUUGGGCGUUGGACGGCGGCGAUGGCAACGAUUCACCCUUGCUGUUAAACGAAGGGCAUAACAUGUUAAAGUUCUACAUGAGUGGGCGGAGAUGCUGCUAGGGGCUUCUGGUGACGAUGGAGCUCAAUAGCUGCCAUGAUUUGAUCUCCUCCAU